AUGGUUGAUGAAAAGAUGUCUUUCGCCGGGAGUGAUGCCGGGGAUAUCGAAGGCCAGUUUGUGGAGAAAGACCGAGCUGAUGUCGAUGCAACAUCAACGACUGACCGGCAGGGUAGCAAGGAGGAGGAGGAGAGUGUGUCGGAUCCCAAUAUUGUUAACUGGGAUGGCGAUCAAGAUCCGAAGAAUCCCAUGAAUUGGACCGGAAAGGCGAAGGUCAUCAAUACAUUGAUGAUUAUUCUCCUCACGUUUCUCACACCUCUUGCUUCGAGUAUGUUUGCACCGGGUGUUCCAGAUGUACUUUCGGAUUUCAACAGCACCGCGUCUGCUAUACCUGAACUUGUGGUUUCUAUUUACAUUCUCGGCUUCGCGAUAGGACCCCUUCUCAUCAGUCCUGCGAGCGAAAUUUACGGCCGCCAGCCAGUGUAUAUUGUCUGCAAUGUGAUGUACCUUAUUUUUACCGUGGCGUGUGCAGUGGCCAGCAGUAUUGAGCAGUUGAUCGUUUUCCGGUUCUUCGCAGGAAGCUUUGGCGUAUGUCCCAUCACACUAGGAGCAGCAUCGAUUUCAGACUUGAUUCCUCAAGCGGAGAGGGGUCUGGCCAUGUCUUUGUACUCGAUGGGGCCUUUGCUCGGACCCGUGGUGGGCCCCAUUGCCGGAGCAUAUUUGUCCGCCGCGUCAGGCUGGAGAUGGACCUUCUGGGUGAUUGCGAUAGCAUAUGGGGUCUGCACAAUCGGACAUGUGAUUUUCUGUCGAGAAACAUACGCUCCAAUCCUCCUUGCUCGCAAAACGCAGCGGCUACAAAAGGAGACGGGUAAUCAGCAACUCCGAAGCGCUUUAGACUCUGGUCUAUCCCACAAAGAGCACAUAACUCGUGCCCUGGUCCGGCCGUUUAAGAUGUUUAUAUUCUCGCCUAUUGUGAGUCUUACGGCAGUGUAUGCGGCUUUUGUGUAUGGGAUUCUAUAUCUCCUCUACACAACAUUCACAUUUGUCUUUACGACAGACUACGACUUCUCCUCUUCGAACGUCGGGCUGGUGUAUCUUGGCUCGGGAAUCGGCAUGUUUCUUGGGUUGAUUCUCAUUGGAGGGAUGAGUGAUCGGGUGUUGAAGAGUCAAGCAGCGAAGCACGGAGGCGGGUUGAAGCCGGAGUAUAGGCUCAUUCCCUUGAUGUGGACCGCGUGGCUAUGCCCAAUAGGUCUCUUCAUAUAUGGAUGGACGGCUCAGUAUCACUAUCAAUGGGCCAUUCCAUUAUUCGGCACACUGCUAUUCGGAAUCGGCAUCCUCGCCGCUCUGAUUUGUAUCCAGCAAUACCUCGUCGACGCAUACUCAAAAUACGCAGCCUCAGCAGUGGCCGCAAACACGGUUCUCCGUUCCUUAGUCGGUGGGCUCUUACCCCUGGCUGGACUGAGCAUGUAUGWUGCACUGGGUCUUGGCUGGGGCAAUAGUUUGAUUGCUUUUAUUGCUUUGGCUUUGAUUCCUAUACCUUUUGCGUUUUAUACUUGGGGUGAGCGAUUGCGGAAUAGGGGGAGACAGGACUUUGGGUGA